AUGAGCACGGUCGGAAUAGACCACAUUGCGAUGCCCACGGCAAAUGCCGAGAGGCUGAUCGAGUUCUAUAAGCGUCUCGGCUUUACGAUCAACGACGAGGAAGCUUGGCGUACAGGAGAGGCCAACGCAUUUUCCAUCCAGGUGGGAAACUCAAAGAUCAACGUCCAUCCGGAGGGGUACACCGCGAGCCUUCGGGGUCCGACGGCAGUCCCGGGGUCUGCCGACAUAUGCUUCGUGUGGGACGGUACGGCAGAAGAGUGCAGGCGGAUGGUUGAGGAAGCGGGAGUUGAGAUAAUCGCCGGCCCCGGACCCCGGCGGGGCGCGCUUCAACAUCGGAACGCCGUCAGCCUCUAUGCGCGCGACCCCGACCAGAACCUGCUCGAGUGGAUGAUUUACUUGGACGAGUAA